AUGAAACACUCCCUAGUCAGUAGUAGCUUUAAACUAUUUUUGAUAAAAGAAAGUCUGCAAUACAUUAAGCAUGCCAAUGACACAGCGGAACUAGAUAAGAAAUUGACAAGUCGUGAUGACAGAUCAACAUACAUCAGUGGUGAUGGUCCUGGAAUACAACUCAUAGACAGGUCAGGGACAGAGCUGGAUAACAUCAGUACUGACACUGAACCAUCUGGUCUGGCUGUGAUGAAGGACGGAAGUCUGAUUUACUCUGACCACAACAAUAAAGUUAUCUAUAGAGUAUCACUUAAUAAACAGAAAACAAGACUUAUAAACACUGAGUCUGGUCCUAGAGGACUGUGUUGUACCAGGUCAGGUGAUAUCCUGGUCUGUAUGCGUGUGUUUUCGUUUAAUACAGGUAAAGUGGUCAAGUACAGCAAAACUGGAACGAAGAUCCAGGAAUUCCAGACAGAUCAGAACGGGAAGAGACUUUUUAUUGAUCCUUGCUUUGUAUGUGAGAAUGUCAACGAGGAUAUCUGUGUUACUGAUUGGAGUAUAAAUAGUAAAGUGGUCGAAUUGAGCAAGUCUGGAAAUCCUCGCUUUAGAUAUGACGGGAAGGUCCACGGUAGGACGUUAAAAGACAGAUUUGGUCCGUAUGGUGUGGCUACCGACAGUCUUAGUCACAUCCUUAUCGCAGACAACGCUAAUAACGCCGUACACCUGAUCAGCCAGGACGGUGAUUUCCUCUAA